AUGGCUGCCUCGACGAGCAUUGACUUGAAACGAUCUAGUAUUGAGUCCAAGCCACUAGCCUCCACGAUUCCUCACGAAUGGCUUCUCAAGGACCCAGUGUCGGACGAUGUCCGAAACGUCACGAAAGUGCCCUAUACCUGUGGCAUCAUGACGGAGACUGAGCUCGCAUUGACGGAAAAAGAUGCAACAAGUCUCUUGGAGAUGCUAAAAACUGGCCGCGCGACCAGCUUCGAUGUCACACUCGCUUUCUGCAAACGGGCGGCCAUAGCACACCAACUGGUGAAUUGCAUGACCGAAAUGUGGUUCGAUGAAGCCCUCGACCGGGCCCGGGAAUUGGACAAGAUCUUCGCCGAGAGUGGCCCCGUAGGUGCACUUCACGGCCUUCCGUUUUCAAUCAAGAACACAUUUGCCGUCAAAGGUCGAAGAUCAGACGGGGCCUAUGUGGCUUGGUAUGACAACAUUGCCGAAGAGGAUGGUCAGCUGGUCAAGAUCAUCCGGGACCAGGGAGCUGUGCUGUACUGCAAGACUACUAACCCUCAGACUGCCAUGCAUCUGGAGACUACAUCUAAUCUAUAUGGCCGGACCCUGAACCCCUUCAACCGAGAUCUCACUCCUGGAGGCUCUUCGGGUGGCGAAGCCGCGUUGUUAGCCAUGCGAGGCUCGCCCAUUGGGCUGGGUGGUGACGGAGGCGGCUCAAUUCGAUCCCCAGCGGCGAACAACGGCCUGUUCGGAAUGAAAGCCACGUCUGAUCGAAUACCGUUCGUCAGGGGUACCUCUACCAUGCGAGGCUGCAAGUCAUUUCCCAUCGUUGCCGGUCCCUUGUGCCACAGCGCUCGGGACACAGAACUCUUCAUGCAGACCGUCCUGGACACCUCUCCCUGGCUCGAGGCAUAUAACCUUGUUCCGCUACCCUGGCGACAGGUCACGAUGCCAGAGAAGAUAACCAUCGGUCUGUACGUCGAUGAUGGCUCGGUGAUGCCCCACCCGCCAAUCAAGCAUGCGCUCCAGGCAUUGAAAGCCAAGCUAGAGGCUGAUCCCCGGUUCGAGGUGGUUGAGUGGACACCAUAUAAACAUGAUCUGGGAUAUGACCUGAUCAGACAACUAUACUGGGAAGAUGGUGGCGUCGAAACCAUGGCGAUAAUGGAGGGCUCGGGCGAGCCCAUCCUUGAUCUGUCCAAGUGGGUGAUGAAGGACAGUCACGUAAGGCCCCGGACGCUGAAAGAAAGCUGGGAGCUCAAUUAUCAGCGCGAAGAAUUCCAAAAGCAAUACCUGGCCCACUGGCUGUCUACACCGGUGGUCCCGGACUUUCUAGUAUGUCCAGUGGGACCUUCUGUCGCUCCCAAGCACGAGACUGCGCGGUACUGGGGUUAUACAGCAAUUUUCAAUAUCCUUGAUUACCCGGCUGCGAGCUUUCCGACAGGCCUUACGGCCUCAGCUUCGACACAUAUCCUUGAUACUGAUUAUGUACCGAGAGACAACGAGUUCGAUGAGUACAAUUGGAAACAGUAUGAGCCGUCUGCUUACGAAGGGGCUCCCGUCUCCCUGCAGGUCGUUGGACGUAAAUGGGAUUGUGAAAGAGUCCUGAAGAUGGCUGGCAUGCUUAACGAGGUUUGCAUGUCAUAAGGCAAAACCUUUGGUCUUGUGACAACUCGCUAUACUAGAAAUACCAAUCUUGACAGAUAGUACACCGACGAUAGAAAGCCAGAGCAUGAUGCUCGGAUAUCAAAAGCAGUGCACC